GAACAAGUUUAAAACUUCGAUAGAAUGUAACAAAAGCGUUCGAAAUCGAGGUUCUAAUUUAAAGGCCCUGGAAAGAAUAACAAUUGCGCAUGCGCUGUGAAAAUAUGAGAAAAUAAAUGUUUGAUUUGGUUAUUUAAAUAUGGCAUUUGUCGUGAAUUUAUAAAUUGUUUGGCGUUGUUUGGGAUGUCAGCUGCCUUUCAAUGGCUAAUACUAUGAUUAUUAUAUUUUCGUCUAGUUUUCUGCCUUAGAUAUCGCCGUAAAACAUAACUUUGUAACCAUGUUCUACUCGACAAUGAUUGGAGAUACGUCGUUCACUGUAUUGAAAAGAUACGAAAAUUUACAACCAAUUGGUUCUGGUGCUCAAGGAAUGGUUUGUUCUGCGCUGGACACAGAAACAGGGGAUAAAGUGGCUAUCAAGAAGUUAAAUCGUCCAUUUCAAAAUGUCACACAUGCUAAGAGGGCAUAUAGAGAGCUUGUCUUAAUGCAGCUUGUCAAUCAUAAAAAUAUUGUUUCCUUAUUGAAUGUUUUUACCCCUCAAGAUUCUCUGGAGGAUUUUACUGAUCUAUAUUUAGUUAUGGAAUUAAUGGAUGCUAAUUUGUGUCAAGUUAUCUCAAUGGAUUUAGACCAUGAACGGUUGUCUUAUUUACUUUACCAGAUGUUGUGUGGAGUAAAGCAUCUUCAUUCAGCUGGGAUUAUACACAGAGAUCUAAAACCAAGUAAUAUUGUAGUAAAAUCUGAUUGCAGUCUCAAGAUUCUUGACUUUGGUUUGGCAAGAUCUGCAGGAUCUAACUUUAUGAUGACGCCAUAUGUUGUGACAAGAUAUUACCGAGCACCUGAGGUUAUCCUGGGGAUGGGAUACAGUGAGAAUGUUGAUUGCUGGUCCAUUGGGUGUAUAUUUGGAGAAAUGAUCCAAGGACAGGUCAUGUUUCCUGGUGUUGAUCAUAUCGACCAAUGGCAUAAGAUUACGGAACAACUUGGAACUCCUGAAGAGUUGUUUUUCGAGAAAUUACAACCUACGGUUCGUAUGUAUUGCAAAAGCAGACAAAGGCAUCGUGGGAAAUCCUUUGAAGAACUUUUCCCAGAUGAAUUGUUUCCCCAUGACACUGAUCGAGAUCAUAGGAAGACUGUGGAUGCCCGCGAUUUCUUGACAAAAGUCCUGGUCGUAGAUCCAUCCAAACGAUACUCCGUUGACCAGGCACUGCAGCAUCCUUAUGUGCAUAUUUGGUAUGACAAGGGAGAAGUUCUUGGGCCGGCCCCAGAGAAAUAUGAUCACUCCAUUGACGAACAGGAACAUACAGUUGAAGCUUGGAAGUCGAUGAUUUACGAGAAAGUUGCACAAUAUCGCUCACAGCACAGCGAUGAGGUAAUGUCUGCACAAGCGAAUGGAGAAUCGACGGACUCUGCAAGUCAAGAACCAUCUACAGGUAGAAAACGGUCAACCCGAAGAAAGAAAGAGCAAUCCCACUCAAUAUCUGCAAGAAUCCGUCAGAUCAUAAAAGGCGAUGAUCAUUGAAGACAUCAACCUUUCAGCAUUUGUCAUGGCCUGGAAGCCAAUGACAUGGAAUCGGUGAAGUCGAUGCAAAAUGAUGACUUUAUCCAGAUAAAUAAAAAUAUUUAAUGGCAGGAUGUACCAGAAAUAGCAUAUACAAAUAUGCAAAGAAUUGGAUUAAGAUUAUUGGAAAAAAUUCUAUGGAAUAUUCUAGGAGAAUAGGAUGAUAUGAACUGAAUUUGAUUAUUUGUUUAAUAUUUUUUUUGAACGUUUUUGGCUUUACGGUCUUUAGUCGUAUAAUAGACGGGAUUUUAGUCAAAUAUUUUUACGGUUCUAGUACAUAAUAGUCAACUUCUAGUAGCGAGAUAUUGUUCAAUUUGGAUGUAUUUGCCGGGGUUCAAGAAACGGUUUAUACUGCAAAGAAAGGUAGUAUAGUUGACUUUCACCUGUUAAUUCUUCUCAAGUUGACAAUUAUGUGAUGAUAAUUUUGGAUUAAAAAACCUGUUUUCAUAGGGAAUAUAUUUAAAGCCUUUGCAAAUUAAUGUAGCUAAUAAAUACUUUAAUUAA